UACCGAGGGGCGGGGUAGUGGACGGUGAGCCAAUCCACGAUGGGAGAGGGCAAGCUCAAGCCAAUUAGGACAGCGAAGGUGGGAAGGGGCGGAGCUUUCCUGGUGGCUGCUAGGUUGUGCUGAGGGCUCAGCUUUCUCUGCUAGUUCCUACGCUCGAAGUCCUUAUCCCUGGAAUGUGAGAGGAAGAAGCGCAGGAAGUUCCGGAACCGGGGCGUGAAGGCAUCACCCUGGAAAGCUUGGGCGCGAAAGACAGUCCUAGUUGAAGGAGUCACUGGAAGGCACCGUCUGAGACCGAGGAAGCAGAGGGAACCACUGUUGGGGAACUUUCUUGGGCACCCUUCCCCUUCUUGGGGUGCUAUGGAGUUCCCAGAACACAGUCAGCAACUGCUUCAGAGCCUGCGGGAACAACGAUCCCAGGGUUUCCUUUGUGACUGUACUGUGAUGGUUGGUAGCACCCAGUUCCUGGCCCAUCGGGCUGUGCUGGCCUCCUGCAGCCCAUUCUUUCAACUUUUCUACAAGGAGCGGGAAUUGGACAAGAGGGAUCUGGUGUGUAUUCACAAUGAAAUUGUCACAGCCCCAGCCUUUGGGUUGCUUCUGGACUUCAUGUAUGCUGGCCAGCUGGCCCUUAGGGGAGAUACCCCUCUAGAAGAUGUGCUGGCUGCAGCCAGCUACUUGCACAUGAAUGACAUCGUUAAGGUGUGUAAACAACGGUUGCAAGCCCGGGCUCUGGCAGAGGCAGACAGUACCAAGAAGGAAGAGGAAAGCAAUCCUGCUAGUAUGGAGUUUUUGUCAGGAAGUUCUCGUGGCCCCCAGCCUUUACUGGCAUCUGUUGAGCCAUCAGCCCGCUGGAGCAAAGAGGAAUGGAAGGGUCCAGCCACUCCCUUACCUAUUGCUCAUUCUGCAGAUGAGCCACCAGUAUCCGGUGGUGCUGACACUACACAACCAAGCAUGGAAGUCGACCCACCACAUCUGCGGGUACCUCCCCCACAAGUGGCUGAUGUCUCUGUCUCUCUUGCCAGCCCCAGUAGCUCUACAGAGACCAUUCCUGUAAACUACUUCUCUUCUGGCCUUCCAGCAGUUUCCGUGGAGCCCUUGACUCCUCUUGAUGUGGUUCCUGAGAGUCUGAGAGUGGUGGAACCAAGGGAUACUGGAGGACCAUUGCAAGGCUUCUAUACUCCAGCUCCAGCCCCACCCCCGGCUCCAGCCCCAGUUCUGUCCCAGGCUCCAGCCCCAGCUGAAGCUGAACUGGUCCAGGUGAAAGUAGAAGCUAUUGUGAUCUCUGAUGAGGAGACUGACUUGUCAGAGGAACAGCCUCAGGGACCUGAAGGGCUGUUCGCAUCUGGAGGUGCAAUGUAUGGGGGACAGUCUUCACAGCCAGACACUUUUGAGGAGCCAGGGGCAACAGGACUAGAGGAGGUAGGGCCAGGUGACCAUUUCCUGCCUCCAGAAUCUCAUCUACCAUACCAUCUGCUGCCUGGUCCUGGGCAGUAUCAUCGAGGACUGGUGACCUCACCCUUGCCUGCACCACCAGCCCUGCAUGAGCCACUCUACCCAGCUUCUGAGUAUGAAGUAGCUCCAGGGAGCUUUGGGAGUUUUACAGAGGAUGUUCCUACCUGUAAGACAUGUGGAAAGACCUUCUCAUGUUCUUAUACAUUACGGAGACAUGCCACAGUGCAUACACGAGAGCGACCCUAUGAAUGCCGCUAUUGCCUACGCAGCUACACACAGUCAGGGGAUCUCUACCGCCACAUCCGCAAGGCUCAUAAUGAGGACCUGGCCAAACGCAGCAAACCAGACCCAGAGGCUAGUUCCAAUCUUGGGGUGCAUCCCCUCUCUGGCUCCCAGACAACAGAGAGACAGAGCAGUGGUGGUGGAGUACCACCCAAAGAUUUUGUACUUGGUCCCAAAAAUUAACAUCUGGGGAGCAUGAACUGAUGCCAGGCCUGCGCUUACUACUGUUAGAUGGCUACAGAGGAAGUUGGAGGAAUCCCAUCAUUACUACAGGGUGGCAGAAUGAAGGUUCUUCCCAAGCUGAAGGUGUCUACCCAUCUCUUUGUCAAGCCAGAUAAGUAGGACACGGGGCAAAGCAGGUCAGCCAGAACACUCCAAGGCACUGGGAAUUUUCCUGAGGUGUAACUGCUUCUCAUCCCACAUUCUGGAACAUAAAACCAGCAGUGAAAUCAUCCCUUUGAACUGGUGUUGGCUGGUUCCUUCCACGAGUCCGAUGGGUUCAUGUCCGCCCUUUAGUUCUUUUAUUUGACAGCUGCAUUGGGUCUCUGAAGAUGAGAAACUCGUGAGAGAAAACUGUGUGCCCAUGGAGAGGGACGUUUACGGGGGCUGAGAACCUGAGGAGGUAAUGAAAUGACAGCUGCUUGGGAAAGCUAAGGCAGGAAACCCCAUGAGGAUUUCCUAGUCCUCUAAGCUUGGACCCUUACUUCCAAAUGUGGGGCUGGGGACUGAUUCUUACUUAGCCUGAGACCCUAGCACUCUGAAAAGAAGUAAAAUUGUUAAUAACAGCAGUCUAAAAAGCUUAAAGCACUCACAAAAGUUAUAUAGGGAGUUACUGGCACUAGAGGUACUAGAAAUGAGAGUUUGAAGUGCUGAGAUGGGAUGAGGGGAAAGCUCACAAUGUAAACGAAGUAACUUUCCAGGCUGUGAAGAGUGGAGCUAUAGAGUGAACUAGCCAGGUGCCCUACAAACACCCUCUCACUGUGGCACACAAGGACCUAAGUGCAAAUCAAACAGGAAGCAAAACUGAAAAAGGCCAAAAUAAAAGCAGACUUUCUUGACUUCUUUGGCCUCCUCUGGGGUCACACGCAGGGCUGUAAGUUGUUCCAACUAAGCUACUGCUGGUUUUGAGAUAGAAGGAGACUGAGCUAACAGUGAAGAUUUGGCCAAAGGAAGCUCCCUUGGUGAGGCAUCAUGGGAAGCAAGAGUUGAUUUUUUUGUUUUGUUUUGUUGCUGAGAAAAUUCUAAAGCUGAGUACAACUACAGUGGCAGCUACCUAUAGUCCUAGCUACUCAGCAGUUGGAGGAAGCUAAUCUGAGCAAAAAAGGAAGACCCCAUCUUCCCCAUAGUGAAGAACUUGUAUAUGUGUCACACUCCUUUUCCUCCCUCUUUGGAUCCUUCCUCCAUUCCUUUCUUCCUGCCUUCCAUUUUUGGAGACAGGGUCUCUUAUAGCCCUGUCUGGCCCUGAACUUGCUAAGUAGCUGAGGAUGGCCUUGCCACCUUCCAGGUACACUUGCCUCUAACCCAAAGAUCUGAUGAUUUAGGCAUAGACCACUAUGCCUACCUCUUUGGUCUUUUGAGACGGGGUCUUGCUAUGUACAACAGGCUAGUCUGAAAUUCUAGAUCUUCUGCCUUAGCCUUAUCAGUACUGGAUGUACAACCAGAUCCUGUAGCAGGACUAAUAAAAACCCAGAGACAGAAAUUGGGGUUCAGCCUGAAGGUCAGGAAAGCAAAACAGCCAGCCACUGACUCUUAGCUCUACCUCAGUCUGAAAUGGCGGAUCCUGCCUCUAGGAAUCUCAGAAUGAGACUGUACCUGCGAGCUGUCUUCUCCCGCCUUAUUCCUCUCUAGGGCUGGGAUUAAAGGCGUGCACCAUUACCGCCCAGUUUGGCAAACUAGUGUGGCUACUGGGAUUAAAGGUGUGUAUCACCACUGCCUGGUCUGUAAGGCUGACCAGUGGGGCUGUUUUACUUUCUGAUUUUCAGGCAAGCUUUAUUUAUUAAAAUACAAAUGAAAUAUCACUACAAGGUCCAGCUAACAUUCCUUAUAUUAGAAUAACUGGCUAUGUUCCAAUUUUAUUUAUGCUAAUGUAUUAUUGCCUUAAUUUCUCCAAGAAAGGGCAAAAUAUGAAUAAAAAUAGUAAAAGCCAUUCUAGAUGAGUGUAGCACCUUUUCCAGUUUUUCCUACUGUAAACAUCAAAGCCUGUGAGAAUCAGUUCCCUUCAAAAUGGUGGAUUUUAUAGCUUUUGAUUUCUCAUUUAAAAAUAAGUUGCCUUAGAAUAUCAGUUCCUCAAAGUAAGGAACAAUGCCCUUAUGGAACUGACACAGAUUCUCUAAACUGUGUGAGUAACAGUCACUCCUGGGCUAAUCAAGUCAGCCUUGCUCCAGCCAGUACCUAACUGACAAGUCAGUGAGCCAGGGUGUGAUUCAGUGGGAGAGUAUGUGCCUAGCAGGCACAAGGCCCUGAGUAUCCACGCCUAGCCCACACAGAGAAGAAAAAAAGAACUCAUGAGUAAGUAAAUUCACCUCCAUUUUUACAGACUACUGGCACUAGUAGUUCUAACUCAGGCAGAAGGCUCACGGGCUCAGUAGACUAGGCUAGCCUGGCCAACUUAAGAAUAACCAGUGUGUAAAGAAUAUAGCUGGUGUACUGGCUCAUGCCUAUAAUCUUAGCACCUGGGAGGCUGACCACAGGAGGACUGCCAUGAUGUCAAGGGCAGCAAAGGCUACAAAGACAUUAAAAUCAUUUUGGGACAGUGUUAGCCAAGAACUCCACAACACUACACCCUUAACCCUCACAUAUUGACUAAACACUAAUACAGGUAAUGUGUAAAUAGAACUUGAGGCAAAUCUACGGAGGUGGUAGGUCUCAAUGUGGGGAAUUCUUGUCAAACUGCCUUUUGUGGUGAUCUUCAAAUACAUCACAAAGCUUCUCUCUCCAGAUCUUGUUGGAAAUGCUUACAGCCUCUUCCUCUCACAAACUUCUGAACAGAUAUUUAGGGAUCCACUGUGGCUGACCAAGAUAUAGGCUUGUCAGACCUGUGUCAGGCUACCUUCCUCUGUCUACUGUUCUGUUUCUUAAAGUCUCUGUUGGGAAUUAGACUUCAAAAUAAAAACUGCCAUUUAUGUCUGAUUACCAUGUUAGUAUCUUAGAAGGCUAAGAAAAUGAUCAGCAAAAUAAAUUUCUAAGAUGUAUUUGUGAAUAUCAGUUUUAUUUUUCCUCAAAAUAUAGUAGACAGCUUACUUGAAUAUCUAAUUUUUGCAGAACCACCAAGAAGUAAAACCAGCUCCAAAGGAAUGAAACGCGUGCCAGGAUUAAAGCACUUGGGGACAGAGGCAGGCGGAUCUCUGUGAGUUCAAGGCCAGCCUGGUCUACAGAGUGAGUUCUAGGAUAGCCAGCUCUAUGUAGAGAAACACUGUCUUGAAAAAUGAAACAAAAAGUGAAACAUGCAAGAUGAUAAAGAUUUUAAAAUUAACUUUUAGACACAGAUUGAACCUGACUCCAAAAAGACAAGUGGAUAUUUAUAAUUGAGGGGUAGUGUUAAGAUUUCUACAUGGAAAUUUACUCAGAGGAAACUUCGAAGAUAAGGGGCCUCUGGCCAACCAAAUGUGACAGGAUUCACCAUGACAAAAUUUUGCCAAACCUAUAUAGGAAUUUUUUUCCGUCUAUUUUGAGUUUUUAAGACAUGAUCUUGGCCAGGCUGUGGUGGUGCUUGCCUUUAAUCCUGGCACUCGGGAGGCCAGACUGGUCUACAAGAGCUAGUUCCAGGACAGGCUCCAUAGCCACAGAGAAACCAUGUCUCCAAAAACAAAAAAACAUGAUCUUGUUAGGGAACCCAAUCUAGUCUGAAAUUCAGUAUACAGCCUCAUAGUAAUCCUCCUGCCUCAGCCUGAGUGCUGAGAUUACAGGCAAAUGCUAAGUUUAACAGUUUAAGAAGUUUAAAUAAAGAAAAUAUUCUACUUUA